CAGAGCUGUACUUCCCCAGUGUGAGCCCGAGCGACGCAGGCGUUUACAUUUGUACCUGCAGAGACCAGAGGAGCACCAACCGAAGCCACGCUGAAAUCAUCGUCACUAGCGCUCCAUCCAAGCCCAUUGAAGUGACAGUGGAAGAGCCCAAGUCCCAGACAGUGAGGGUUGGCGUGACCAUCAGCUUCAUAUGUACCGCAAAGAGCAAGUCCCCCGCCUACACUCUGGUCUGGACUCGCCAAGGCAACGGCAAACUCCCGAACCGCGCCAUGGACUUCAACGGCAUCCUGACCAUCCACAACGUCCAGCCGGAGGACGCCGGGGUGUACGUGUGCACCGGCUCCAACAUGUUUGCCAUGGACGAGGGCAGGGCCAUCCUCUACGUGCCAGGUUCGUGAUCCCUGGCACCGCGCUCGCCUCUGCCCCUCCCCCCUGCCUCACACAGCUCCUCCCCCUCCUCCUGCACUGUAAAAAAUGAGAUCUGCAUGAGUUUAAAUGACUGGAAUUCAAAUUAUUUAUU